AUGUCAUUAUUGCCUAAACUACGCUGUGUCACUAUAGAUGUUACCGGCACCCUAAUGGCUUACAAAGGGGAGCUUGGUGACUAUUAUUGCAUGGCUGCCAAAGCUUCUGGCCGUCCAUGCCCAGACUACAAGCGUAUGCAUGAGGGCUUUAAGUAUGCAUAUAAGGACAUGGCUAAGAAGUAUCCGUGUUUUGGGUUUGCGGCCAAAAUGCCAAACAUUGUGUGGUGGAAAACCUGCGUGCGAGAUUCCUUUGUCAGGGCUGGGUAUGAAUAUGAUGAGGAGACAUUUGAAAAGAUUUUCAGGCGCAUUUAUGCAUCCUUUGGUUCAUCUGCUCCAUAUACUGUCUUUCCAGAUUCCAAACCAUUUCUUAGAUGGCUUCGUGGAAAGGGUCUCAAAGUUGGUGUUGUUAGCAAUGCUGAGUAUCGAUAUCGAGAUGUGAUUCUUCCAGCUUUAGGCUUAAAUCAGGGAACUGAGUGGGACUUUGGCGUUUUUUCUGGCCUUGAAGGCGUUGAGAAACCAGACCCAAGAAUUUAUGAGAUUGCACUCGAGAGAGCUGGAAAUAUUGCACCUGAAGAAACUUUACAUAUUGGUGAUAGCAUGCGCAAAGACUAUGAGCCAGCUAAGAGCUUAGGGAUGCAUGCACUAUUGUUAGAUAGAUUUAAGACACCAGAAGCCGAAGAGUGGAGGAAAUCCGGGGCUGUUGUUCUUCCAGACUUAACUGCAACACAAGAAUGGCUGUCUUCUGAGAAUUCAACUUGCUAG